AUAAAUCCCCAGCCCGUGCGAAGCACGGGGUAGACAACUAGUAUAUAUAUAUGAUGGGAGGAGAUGGGUUUAGACAUAGAGAGAGAAAGCUCCGCCGCCUGGUCUAGAUCUCACCACCGUCGCUGGGGUUUCACAUCCAAUUUCAAGGUCGCCGGAGAAGGAAGAAUACAAGGUAGACCAACAUUUGUGAGGAAUACUCGAAGAAGAGACUCGCAGAAACGAAAGGAGGACAUAGAUGGGUGUUCCAGCUGCACAAUCGUCGAUUUCACCUUUGGAAUCCAGUCGAAAAGGUGAGGAGCAACCUCUUUUUAUCCCUUCAUCCAUUUCUAAAUCUCUGUUUGAUUCUGACAUUGGAAGGACUCACAGUAACCUCUCUUUUAGUAGUGGUGUUAUAGCCAUCCAACCGGUUUCAACAUUAGCAGCCAAGGAGGGGUCGUUGGCAUUGAAUUCAACUCAGUCUUCUCCAAAUUUAGAGCUUUUUUCACAUGGUGUCAAUGCUACUCAAUCCUUUCCAAUUGAUGAUCAAGAUGCUUUGCAAAAACCCCUACUUACUGCAACUCCAGCUCCUUCUAAGCAGGCAGUUUCUGCCCCUUUUGAUGAAUGUAAGCAGGGUCUUAAUGCUAAUUGCUCAAAUGAGCCUCCACUGAACCACACGGCCAGAGCUUUAAACAUUCAUGCAUUACCUUUCCAGCCCUCUAUUCCAGUUUUGAAGCAAGGGAAAUCUGUCAAGGAAUUGAAAGAGUUGACAAUGGAAACAGAGCAAAAGGCAAACAGUGGAGGUCUCCAACAAGGUAAGUCUCUUAAGGAAUUGAAAGCAUUGGCAUUCCAUAAGGACGCAGUUCAAACAAAGUCGGUUACCACCAAACCCUUGGGCCUUUUAGACUUGAAGCUAAUUUAUGAACGCUCCCCACAAAUCAGCCUCAUUGAUAUGUCUUUUGGGAUGAAUGGAGAAGAUCAUAAGAGGCAAAAGGACGGGGGAGUUGAGGUUUCUGAAAUGGCACAUGACAAAAUUGAGUUGCCUGUUGAUGAUGAAGACUCUUACACUCUAGAGGCUGAAAUGGAGCUUGAUGCUAUUCAUUUGUUGGAUGAUUUCAAUCCCAAAGGAGGAUCUGGUGUGGGUGCUGCCUCGUCGAUAGUGGUUGCUGCCUCGUCGGGUAGAUGGUCCGUCAGUGCAGUACUGGUGCUGCCUCCAGUGGCAGCGCUAGACGACGUCAUGUCGCCCGCUGCUACGGGUGUGGCGUCUUCGGUUGCCGGAAGGGGCUCCGACGCUGGGUUGUCGGUGGCAGCGUCGAAGGACGUAGGUGCUGCAGCACCAGGUCGUCUUGGGGGCCGUGUGAUCAGAUCCUCCUCCAUUGGUAAUGGGCCGUCCGACACUAGAAUUGGUUGAUCGGUCUCUUUAUCUGAAAGG